AUGAUAUCACAGCUAGCCAAAGGAGAGCCAUCUAUCGAUACAUCAUUAAUUGAGGUUACUGAUAAAUUACCUAAUAAACCACCAUGCCGGAUUUUCAUUAAGAAUGAAUAUGAACAGCCAUCAGGUAGCUUUAAAUUGAGAGGUAUGGGCCAUUUAGUGGCCAAAUCGAUUGAAAGAGCUCAUGAACUAAAGAAGGAAAAUGUAGAGACAUUUGCAUCGUCCGGGGGUAAUGCUGGUUUAGCUGCUGCGUACACCAGUAGACAUUACAAUUUAUCUUGUACAGUGGUUUUACCAACUACAGCUCACAGUGGGGUUGUUGAAAAGUUGGAAAAAUUGGGUGCUAAAGUACAAGUCCAUGGUGCCCAUUGGGGUGAAGCCGACUCAUACUUGAGAGAAAUAGUAAUGAAGAGUGUAGAUGCGUCAGUAUAUCCUGUUUAUUGUCCACCAUUUGAUGAUCCGUUACUUUGGGAAGGCCAUGGUACAAUAAUUGACGAGAUUGUAAAUCAAAAUCAACUAUCACCAGAAGAAUGUGGUAAGGUUAGAGGGAUUGUUUGCAGUGUAGGCGGGGGUGGUCUAUAUAAUGGUGUAGUAGCUGGAUUACUGAGAAAUGCACAAUUUAAAGAUGUUCCUAUACUUGCUGUCGAAACAUUUCAAACUCCAACUUUCUCAGAAGCUCUUAAAGCUGGAAAAGUAGUCACCUUAAAAUCAAUUAAUACUUUGGUGUCAUGUUUGGCAUCUCCUUAUAUUUCGGCCCAAUCCUUGGCUAAUUACAAUAAGCAUAGGACACACGUCCAGAUGAUUGACGAUCUCGAAGCAGUAAAAGGUUCAAUUGACUUCUAUGAUCAUUUCGGGACAUUGGUCGAGCCGGCAUGUGGUGCUACCAUUUCAAUGGCCUUUGAUAACACUCUGUAUUUGAAAUGCUUUGGCAACUUAUCCGACGAAGAAAUCAUUAUAUUUAUAGGCUGUGGAGGUGCUGCUAUCUCAGUAGACUCGUUGAAUGAGUACCGUAAGCUAUUUACUUAG